CGAGGACCAUACUUAUAUUGGUAACUGAACGUUAACCUUGGGAUUAACUUUUUGCUGUUUCAUUUGUGUUCUUUGGUUGGAGUUGGAAGUUGGAAUGAGUGAAAGUGGGAGUGCAAGUAGUUUGGUAGCAGAGACUGUGUGGAAGGAAAUCGAGUCUACACGCACAGUUGAACUUUGGAAUACAGUGAGCGAUGACCAACUUUGGACAUUGCAUUUUAUAUUUGGGAAGAACAUGGAGGGAGCCGCAAGAAUCGUGGAUCAAAGAGGCGUUAGCAGGAUAUCUGGGAAUCCAAGUGGGAGGUUCGUCUUUCAGGUUACAGGGGAAUCCCCAAGGAAGAAAGAUCACUAUCUCUGUUUUCCUCAUCAUUUCUGCGCCUGCUAUUCUUUCUUCUACGAUGUUCUCAACAGACGCCAACAACUCUCUUGUAAGCAUCAAAUAGCUGCAAGACUUGCUGCGUCAUUGGGAGUUUAUGUCGAAUUGAAUGUCUCCGAUGAGGAGCUCGCUCUCUUGCUUUCCAAAAUAUAGAUACAUCAUACAUACAUAUAUACAUAGCCCUUGCUUUCUUUAUUUUUAGGGUAAGAAAAUUUAUUGUGGGGCAAGCAAGGAACAUCUCAUUUUUAGAUUAGUUAAAUUGUCAAGAUGUAUGUGUGCCUCAUGGACAAGAGUUUUGUUUUGAUCUAAGUAUCUAUCUCAUUAUUUCAAUA